GCGCACGCCGCCAUUGAGGGACCCACCAUCAGCAGGAAAGGGUCAGAGGCGCCUCGAUAGGCUGCAACUGCACGUUUCUUCAAUCUCAACCUUAACUUCGGUUUGAGCUGCGGUUCCUGACACCUGUCUCGCACUCUUCUUCAUUCCCGUGGAUGUUUUUGGUUGACAGCGGCGCGUGUCGUCUCUUAAGGGACGUGUUUUUUUAAAAACCAGAUUGUUGAAGUCACGGGCAGCCCAGGACCUGAGCUAACAUAACGAGGCAAUAGCAGGCUUGCUAACGUUAGCUAGCGACCUGGCUAGCAGCACUCGAGCUGAGCACUGCUCGGUGGAGGGUGGGAGGGGGGGGCGGUGCGCCUCCAGUGUUGUUUGAUGGAUCCGAGAAUCGCCUGGUUUCAGCCAGAACAACGUGGACCCGCUAACAACCUGUGGAUGCAGAUCUGGGAGACGACACAGGGGCUCGGCUACUUGCAUGUCAAUAACAGCUACACCACUGGAUCCCAGAGCACGUCGACAGUGAACGGAGCGCAGGGAGCCGUCCUCACCGGCAGAAACGGAGCACUUGACUCCAACGUAGGCAGUGGUAAGGCCAGGACUCAAGGGAUGUCGACCCCAAUGGGGGACGGAGGAAUAACGGAGCAGCGGGACUUUAUACCACUGGAAACCAACAGCAACCACAACAACCGAGUCGCUGGCAGGGGCGGUGUCGGAGGGGGGCAGCAGGAGCAGCAGGGAAGUGGGGUCGCUGUGCUAUGGAGGGGGUUAACGGACGGACAUCCCAACAAAAGGAAAAGAGACAACAAAGCUAGCACUUUCGGAUUCAAUGCCAGUCUCUUGAAUAGUGGCAGCUGCCCGGACACGGGAGGCUACGACGGCUACACGGGUACGCCAUGGAAAGUGAGGAACUACUCGGAGGGAAUAGUUGGGUUACAUGAGGAGAUCAAUGACUUCUACGAGUACAUCUCCCCACGACCGGAGGAGGAAAAAAUGAGAUUGGAGGUGGUGGACAGAAUCAAGGGAGUUAUCUACGACCUGUGGCCCAGCGCUGAGGUCCAAGUGUUUGGGAGCUUCAGCACUGGUCUUUACCUUCCUACAAGUGACAUUGACCUUGUAGUUUUCGGGAAGUGGGAGAUGCUGCCAUUGUGGACGUUGGAAGAAGCUCUGCGGAAAAGAAAUAUUGCAGAUGAGAACUCCAUUAAAGUUUUGGACAAAGCAACGGUUCCCAUCAUUAAACUGACUGACUCUUUCACUGAGGUCAAAGUGGACAUCAGCUUCAAUGUGAAGAGUGGAGUUAAAGCCGCUCGGCUCAUCAAAGAGUUCAAAGAGAAAUACCCUGUGCUGCCUUACCUGGUCCUGGUGCUGAAACAGUUCCUUCUGCAGAGGGACCUCAAUGAGGUUUUUACCGGUGGUAUUGGUUCCUACAGCCUUUUUCUCAUGGCUGUCAGCUUCCUGCAGCUGCACUACAGGGAAGAUGUCUCCAGUCCCAACAUCAACAUCGGUGUCCUGCUCAUCGAAUUCUUUGAGCUUUAUGGUCGCCACUUCAACUACCUGAAGACGGGCAUCAGGAUAAAAGAUGGGGGUUGCUAUGUUGCCAAAGACGAGGUUCAGAAGAACAUGAUGGAUGGUUACAGGCCCUCCAUGCUCUACAUUGAGGAUCCGUUGCAGCCAGACAACGACGUUGGUCGCAGUUCAUAUGGUGCCAUGCAGGUGAAGCAGGCAUUCGACUACGCCUACGUGGUACUCAGCCAUGCUGUGUCACCCAUCGCCAAGUACUACCCCAACAAUGAUACUGAGAGCAUACUUGGCAGAAUAAUCCGGGUGACACAGGAAGUGGAUGAAUAUAGGGAAUGGAUCCGAAAGAACUGGGGCAGCCCAUCACAGAAUGAUUUACCACUGAACAGGAAUGACGUCACACUAUUUGAGACCCAGCAGCUGGAUGAGUGCAACAACAACGUUCCAGACGAUGAUGAAGAUGUUGUGGUUCUACCGUUGACUUCCCACAGCAAAACCUCAUCGAACUCCUCUUCUCCAUUCCCUUCACUGCGCUCUUCUCCUUCCUCCUCUCUGCUGUCGCCGUCUUCAACGACGACGACCUCCAGCUCGAGCGAUGCGGACUCUGAUGGCACACCAUGUAAGACAGCCAAGCAGCAGUCAGGCCGGGGCUCCGGCGUCCACAGGGAGAAGACAGCUGCUGUUAGCAAUCACCGACCACAGAGCCACACUACCUGCACUCCAUCUGGAAGCAACAAGGGAGGAAAGGCCAGGAUGUCUCGUUCCCAUCAAAAGAGUGGGCACCACGGGCAGCAGAGCUCCUCAUCCAGCACCAAAAAUCACCCGGGCAACAAGCCACACCACCAGGUCAACAGCAAGAGGAGGAAAAAUGUACGGGACUCUACACAAGAGGACCUCUGCAGAUAGGGGUGACCUCAUCUGCCCUACCAAGUCCCCCCGUCCUUGUCUGCAACUGACUGCCUGUCAUGUCCCACUUCUGCUGCCAGACUCCAGCCUCAGGAGGUUGUUAGUAGUAUGAAAACACCUGCAGUGUCUGUCUCUUUGUCAAGCUUCUUGGGAUGACAAGCAACUGUUUCGAGCAGGACAAGUAAUUAAAGGUUAUAGGAAAUGGGGAUUAAUUUCUUGGACCUACACUGAAAUCACAAAAGGAUGAAUGCUCAUUUGCUUCUUAACAGCUUCUACAAAGAAGCAGUUUCCUUACCACAGCCAGCACCGACACAACAUGCCUCUUGCGCCUCCUGCUGUUCAGGAGUAGGCAGAUUGAAUGUCUGGAAUCUACUCUGGAGCAUUACCUGGAGCUGCUGGCUGGAAAAUAAAGGAACAAAAAUUUUAUCAAAAAAAAAA